CACUUGUGUAUUCAUUAUUAAUGCUGCUGCUUCACAACAGGACACAAGCGUGUCGUCCUGAACAUGUAGUCUCCCACAGGAAGCAACAGGGCGCUCUGCUGUUCAAUAUUUAAGAUGGUGAAGUUUAUAAGGCUCUGCGUCAGCGCUGCACAUGAGACGGCCGGAGAACAGUUGAUGGAGAGAAUGACAGUGGAGGAUCUUCAGCGGAUCUUCAGCUCAGGGCUGGAGAUGCAGGAGCAGACAGAAGCGGCAGAUCCUGACAGCGCAUAUGGCUCAUCUCCAGGAGAUACAGACACUGAGGAUGGAGGACACGCACUGACCAGCAGCAGCAGCACAACACUCGUAUACAACCAAGAGCUCAUGCACAAGACUAUUCUGGUUGGAGACAGUGGAGUGGGGAAGACGUCUCUACUAGUGCAGUUUGACCAGGGGAAAUUCAUCUCCGGAUCCUUCUCUGCCACUGUGGGCAUCGGAUUCACGGUGAGUUUCUCUACUAAAAGUCACAAACGCUUUUAA